ACGACAAUCUGGCAACGUUGCCCGUGAGUGGUCGGCGAGGAGGCGCGUGUCGGCGGCUGAGUGUGUGUGUUUGUGUGUUAUUUUCCUUCGCUCCCUCGUGACCGUGCGCCGCCAUGGGGGCCUACCUGUCCAAGCCCGUGACGGAGAAGACCAGCAGCGACGGGCAGCAGGGCGAGGUGCACUUCGGCGCCUCGGCCAUGCAGGGCUGGAGGGUGUCGCAGGAGGACGCACACAAUGCCAUCCUGGAUUAUGACGCGCACACACACCUCUUCGCUGUGUACGACGGACACGGCGGACACGAGGUCAGCGCGUACACGGCGAUGGAACUCCCGCAGGUCAUCAAGAACACAAGCGCGUACACGGAAGGCAAGAUCUCGCAGGCGCUCACAGACGCGUUCAUGGAUUUUGACGCAACCUUGGUGCAGCCGGAGGUGGUGUCGGUCCUAACGCACAUAGCCAGCAGCAAGGAGCAGGCCGAGGAGUCCGACGACAGCGAGGAGGAUGUUGACGGGCUGUACCGGGAGGCCACGAUGCCCUUGGCCGAGGUCAUCGCCAAGUACGCAGACAACCCUCAGGUGGCGCGGUGCAAGGACAAAAAGACUGCCUCUCCAUACCUCAAGGCCAAAGGUGGAGGAAACAAAGCAGAGGAGGAAAUGGAGGAGGAGGAGGAGGAGGCUGCUGGUUCUUCCUCCUCCUCCUCCUCAACCUCCCUCCCUUCCUCCUCUUCCGUGAACGGCGCAAAGGCAGAAGAGGAGGAGGAGGAGGAGGUGAAGAAGAAGGAAGAGAAGAAGGAGGAGAAGGUGGAGAGAAAAGUGGAGGUCAACGGAGAGAACAAACACAUCAUAAACGGAGGAAAGGAGGAAGAGGAGGAGGAGGAGGAGGAGGAGAAGAAAGAGGAGGAAGCAAUUUUGAACGGUGAAACAAAGGAAGAAGAAAAAGAAGAGGAAGAGGAAGAGAAGACCAGGAAAGGGAAGGGAGGGAAAGGAGGAAAAGGAGGAGGUGGAGGAAAGGGAAAGUCUCUCCUCAAGAACUCGGAGGUAGUCGCUCUGAGGGAGAGAAGAGCGAAGGAGAAGCGGAGGGAAGCAGCGAUCAAGGCGGCGGAGAUAUACAGGAAGAUACAGGAGGAGGGAGGAGGAGGAGGAGAGGAAGAGGAGGAGGAGGAGGAGGAAGAUGAAGAUGAUGAGGACGAGAGCUUUGAGGAUGCUGGAGACGACGCAGAGGAGGACGUGGAAGGGGAGGAGAGCGAGGAAGAAGAGGAGGAGGAGGAAGAGGAAGAGGAGGAGGAGGAGGAAGACGGGGUGGAGGCGGAAGAGGAUGAGGAUGAUCCGUAUGCCCAAUUUGCCCUCAACAUGAAGGAGGAGUCCGGGUUCGACAGUGGGUGCACAGCCUGCGUGGCGCUGCUCCGAGGGAAUGAGCUGUUCGUGGCUAAUGUGGGAGACUCCCGCUGUGUGGUGUGCCGCGGCGGGGAGGCGCUGGACAUGUCCCUCGACCACAAACCAGAGGACGACCCCGAGGCGACCCGGAUCAAGAACGCAGGAGGUCGGGUCACAGCGGACGGAAGGGUCAACGGAGGACUGAACCUGUCGCGGGCUAUUGGUGACCACGGGUACAAACAGAACAAGGCACUGCCAGCGGAGGAGCAGAUGAUCAGCCCCCUGCCUGACGUGCGCUCGGUGAUGCUCACGCCGGAGGACAGCUUCAUCAUUGUGGCAUGUGACGGGAUAUGGAACUCUCUCUCGUCACAGGAGGCGUGCGACUUUGUGGCUGACAGAAUGGCCAAGCUGGGGGAUGACGGCAAGCUGUCCAGCAUAUGUGAGGAGCUGUUUGAUCACUGCCUGGCACCAGACACCCAUGGCGACGGCACUGGCUGUGAUAACAUGACCUGUAUCAUCAUCAAUCUCAAAGACUGCCCCAAACCACACCCAAAACCCGCCAUCGCACCCACCCCCUCGUCCACCACCUCCUCCAAAAGGCCGCUAGGAGGAGAUGAGGAGGAGGAGGAGGAGGAGAAGAAGGAGGAGGAGGAGAAGAAGGAGCCAGAGGAGAAGAAGUUGAGGACAGGAGAUUAAAGACUGGAUUUUGUAGGGAUUAAUUAGGUUAGAUUAUUAUUAUUAUUAUUAUAUAUUUUUUUUGAAUGUAGUUCUUGUAUUUCUUUUAUUAUUAUUAUUUUUUAGGGCAAGAUAUUGAAAUGUUUGUGUAGGGGGUUUUGUCACGCACACACACGCACACACACGCACACACACACACACACACACAUAUACACUAGUUGUUCGGUUUGCUCAGUACAAAAUAACCUUAUCUGAGCUCUCUCUCUCUCUCUCUCUCUCUCUCUCUCUCUCUCUCUCUCUCUCUCUCUCUCUCUCUCUCUCUCUCUCACAUAU